AACAUUCAUCAACCAACAACCUUCCAGGACACCAUGGCACGGCAGUAAAUGGAGUAUAUAUAUAUAUAUAUAUAUAGUAGCAAAACAAGACAAGACAAGAGACAGACUCACUCACAGUAACCUAUUUUAGUCAGAUUGAUUAAUUAAUUUCGGGUUAGUUUGGUUGUCUUUGUCUUCACUCUUCUGUAAUAAAUUGUCACUCAGCGCCGGUGUCGUCCUGUUGGAUUGUUACAAAAUAAUUGAGGAGAAAUAAUUGCGAGGUGGUGGAGUCACUAAUUCGUUGUCCUUCCAAUUCCAAAUCCUUUCUUUCACUGGAUCCUUUCAUUGUGGCUCUAGGUUUUGGUUGGAUGUGGCGGCCGGCAUGAAAGUGACGGAGCAGCCCGCAGAGGCUUUUACGAAAUACCGAAGGCUCGAAUCAUGACAAAGAUUUCCCCAUGAAAUUAAUUAAGCUUCAGAGGGAUACCACACACACAUAUUGCCCUCUUUUAACCGGUGCAUCAUUUCAUUUGAGGGAUGGAUCAUGGAGGAGGGCAUUUUCUGCUUCUCUUAUUUUUCUCCUCUCUUCUCUUCUUGAGUAGUGAAUAGUGAUUGCCCUUCUCAAGUACAGAGUACAGUAGUAGUAUAUAGUAGUAGCAACUACUCUCCGUUUUUGAAUUGUACUGCUCCGUUUCAACAUACUACUGUUACUGGUCAUGAGAAAAAAAUUCUUGCUUCAGUUUCUUGUAUGAGGUAGCAGAAAUCUAUAGGUCGAAACUCGAACGAACGUCCGACAAAUGACCUAAGAAAUGAUUUUCCUGGUGCCCAUUGAUCUAUAGAACCCAAUGGCCUAAAAAAUUAGCUAGCUGAAAACACCACCAUCUCCACGGUCCUGGAACCUCACCGGCAGCCCAAUGUAGAAAAAAAAAAAAAAGAAGAAGAAAACUCAAAUGCUGCUGACUGCUCUGCUGAGUGUCGACUGAGAAGGAAGGAAGGAGAGUAGAGAGAAGAAUGGUGGCCGCCGCCUAUUCGCCGUCUCAUCUCUCUCGCGACCCACACCUCUUCUGUAACUCUCUUUAUCCCACUCACCUCCACCAACUCGGAAUCAUCCCCCAUAACGCCCUCGCUUUUCAUCCUCUCAAGCCCCAUCCAAAACCUUCCCUCUCUAUACCGGCUUCCCAACAACAAUCCCCCUCAAUUUCCCAAAUUCCUCACCGCCCAGAUGCUAAAACCAUCUCUUCUUCCUCAAAAAGCUAUAUCUGGGUCAACCCCAACAGCUAUAUCGGGUCACUUGCACGACAGAGAGAGAGGAAGGGGACAAUUAACAUUGGAGGAGUCACUAAUCAGUCGAAGUAUACCCCCAGUUACAGUAGUUGAAAAGCCGAUGGCACUUGCACCACCACCACCACCACCAGCACCGACUUCACCUGAACCGUGCUCUCACCCGCCAGUUCCAGUGGGGUUCUGCUGUGUCCCAUGUUCGGAAGGGUACAACGGGGGGCCAUGCUACUAUGGUUAUGGGCGGCCCGCGCCCCCGCCGCCCUGUUAUGAUAGCUAUGGUUUCAGGUACGGGCAUGGGAAGGGAUAUACGGACAGCCGUUGCAAUUAUUUCAAUGAGGACAACACUGGGGGUUGCACGAUUAUGUGAGAGAGGAGUAGAGAAUUUGAUGGGGUGAUUUUACUGAUAUGAUGUGAAGAGCGUCCAAAUUAGUAAUCAAUUAAUUUUGUUUGGUGGGCGGUAAGAGCAAAUGCAUUUGAAGCAUUUAGUAGUAGUAUUGUGUAGUUAGCGCAAACCUUGAGAACAAUCUCCUGAACCUCUUCUUCCUUCUUUUCUUCUUUCUUGUC